AUGCUAUCAUCGAAGCAACAACUGACAGCCGUGCUGCUCAUGGCUGGGCGCGCGCUGGGACUGAACUUUACGAUUUCUAAUGGCCAGAUCUUUACACCUGGUUUUGUGGUGCUGGAUGCCCCUCAACCGAACACGCCGCUUGGAGGAGACGUGACCGCCAACGGCAAGCUGCCGUUGCCACCAUAUGACGAAGAUGACGAUAACCAGAUCUUCAGUAUCGAAAUGUUCCUCUACAGUUACAUGACAGGUCGCAACUUGACCAUCUCCAAUGGAACGGCGACCGCUAAUAAUGUAAGUCUCGGCGAGAUCAUGGCCCAAGAACCAGGCAGCACGGUCAAGCAUAUCAACUGGUUGUGGCCUGACUGCCUCGUUGGCGAUGGAAAACCUGAAGGAGAUAGUGACCGUGGCGUUUAUAACAUUUCCAUCCGACAAAAUUUUAGGCUCAACGGCGAUGACCACUACACCAUCUUCGAUGUUCCGAUCAAUGUCACCAACUUGAUUCCUGAAGAUGGUGAUCGGCCGUCUUGCGCUGAGCUAUCGAAUGAUAUACUCUCGCCCGAAGAAAUCGACGCAGAGGCAGCUAAUGAAGUGGGCGUUUUGUUUGCGCCAGGUGACUCGACCGAGCUUGAAGCCAGUGGUGAGGAUUCGAAGGGAUCUGACCUAGAUUCGAAGCUGGCGGUAUAUGCUGGAUUGUCCAGCUUGGCGCAAGCAAAGGUGUUGUUCGACGCAAACGCCAUCAUGCCGAUCCAUCAAGGACUCAUCCCACGAGAAGGCUUUUGCGCUGACGUUGUAUUACGACUCGUUCGUCAGACUGCUCUCAACCCAGCUCUCCUAUUUCCACUCGUGCUAUUUGCUCGCCUCACCAAGAAGGGUCAAGAUCUAUCAAUUCUCCAUCCUAACGCCUCCAGCCACCUCAAAACGCUAUUCUACGUUGCUCUGGCGCGAUGGGCCAGCGGAUGGUGGUCCGAUAAGACGAGAAACAACUGGGCUGACGACAAGUAUGACUGGAAGCGCGAAGUUGUUCUCGUAACAGGUGGUGCGGGAGGUAUUGGGGGGCGAAUCGUGAAGCUGUUUGAGGAAAUGGGCGUCAAAGUUGUCGUUCUUGAUGUUCAGCCCAUGUCCUUCGAAGUUUCGGCCAACGUGCACUACUUUCAAUGCGACCUACGAUCGCCCGAAAACGUCGAGGCGGUCGCCGAAAAAAUUAGAGCUGAGGUGGGACAUCCGACCGUGGUUAUCAAUGUGGCUGGAGUUGUCAGGGGCAAGACUAUCUUGGAGUCUCAGCCCAGCGAUAUCCGCUUCACCUUUGACGUCAACACCUUUGCGCCCUUUUGGAUAGCAAAGACAUUUGUUCCUGAUAUGGUCGCUAAAAACCACGGCAUGGUUGUGACAUUGACAUCUUAUGCGAGCUGGUUGACAAUACCUAACCUGGUAGACUAUGGUGCUUCAAAAGCAGCUGCUUUGGCUUUCCACGAAGGCUUGACCGCUGAGUUGACUACCAGAUAUAAUGCGCCCAAGGUCAGGACUGUAAUCGUCCACCCAGGUCCCACCAACACUGCUCUUUUCAAAGGAUACUACCAAAACACCGACUUCUUGAUGCCACCACUUGCACCCGAGUCGGUGGCCGAUGCAGUGGUUAGGCAGGUUCUCACAGGGCGUAGUGGGCAUGUUGUGAUUCCUGGCACGGGAACCAUUCUGGCUGCUUUACGUAUGCAACCGGACUGGUAUGCAAUUCCCGUGAGAGCCAAGGCAGAGGCCUAUAUGAAGAACUUCAGUGGUCGUCAAGUCAUUGAGGACGUGGACACAGCCCUUGAGAACAGUGGUGAGGAGAAGGAAGCUGACGAGAAUGCAACCGCCAGUACGGUUUUGGUGUCUUGA